GGAAAUACAACUCGCUGCUAGAUAACAGACAGGUUGGCGGAAGGGGCUGUUUUUGGCCGAAUCACGGAGUAACGUCCGGGGUGAUGAGGCCAUGAAGGAGGUCAGGGGGCACGAGAGCCAAGACUGCAGGGGCAGUUGACGUUACAGCAGAGUUGGAGGAGGUGACUCACGGAGCACAGGAGCUAAACUGUUAGCAUUAUCUUAAAAGGUCAUGAUUAAUGUGUGAUUAAAACUAGUGUACCUGUUUUGGAGGCGGAAGUUAACCAGCUGAAUGUGGCUAUGGAAGUGCAGAACCAAUCCGCGUUCACAUCCUCCCAGAACAGCAGCUGCUCCUCCCCCCCUGAAGUGUUAACUCCAGAAAACCACGAUGACAGCCUGAUCCACAACACCCCCCUCCUCGGCACUGUUAUCCCCAAUCGUAUUUUUGUCGGGGGAAUUGACUACAAGGUUAAUGAGAGCGACCUGCGACAUGUCUUCUCUCAACACGGUGCGGUAAAAGAGGUGAAGAUUGUGAUAGAUCGCGCAGGAAUGUCAAAGGGAUAUGGGUUUGUUACAUUUGAGACUCAAGAUGAUGCUCUGAAAAUUCUUCAUAAUGCUAAUGGAAUCUGUUUCAAAGACAAGAAGCUCAGCAUUGGUCAGGCCGUCCGCAAGCAGCAACCUUCAGUACAAACUAAGAGCACCCCUGUGGCCUUCCCCAACUCUGCCAUGCCUGUGCCAAUGUCCUGUGGGACAGUGUACCUGACUACGUCCACAGGCAAUCCCUACACCUACCACAACGGAGUGGCCUACUUCCACUGCCCCAACAUGAACCCUCCUGGCCGCCAUUGGCCUCAGUCUCCUCCAGUGAUGCUUUCACAGUCCCAUCAGCCCGUCUACCAGCAACCAGCUCACCACCACUACCAGUGUGUCCCAAACCAGUAUCAGUGGAGUGUCGUCAAGUCACCAAUGCCCUCCAGUCCAGUCAUGUAUUCCCAGCAGUCUGAAUAUCUGUACCAGCCCGCUCAUGGAGGCUCUGUCCAGCCUUCUCUGCCUGUCAUGGAGGACACAACACCAGAGUUUAUAGAGCCCACACUGCAGCAGGUUUACCCAUUGUAUCCUCAGAGAUCUGAAGGAAUGACACCCAUUGUUCUGCAACAUGACCCUGGAAAGAAUCCGAUGUUUCCACACUCGCAGGUCCAUCUGAAGCCUAAGUACCGCCAAUAUAUCCACCACAAGGACUAUCACUACCUGCCAGAGACUAUGGAGCCACCAGACGCCUCCAUGCUUCACCCUUCCCAUCCUCUCAUUGUCAAGAUCUUUCGGGACCCUCUGAUUCACUGUCUGAUUGGUCAUCACUGGAAAAAAUAUUAUUUGCUACAAUUUUUCAGUGUGAUGAUGUGAAGAAAUUUGCAUGCAGUAUGGUUACCUGACUGUUGCCUGUACUGACGUAACAGCAACAUGACAAUUUAGUAUAUUCUUUAAAAAGCAGGCUGAUUAUUAGGUGUAUUUGCAUAUUUAGCAGUUUGAACAGCACAAUGCAUCUAUGAAAGUGUACUGGUUUCUUAGCAAUUUUGUAUUUCAGGAAUCAUACUUUUAUAUUUCUCAAUAUAUAAGGAGGCUGGCGUAAAAACAAACUAUGUACAGAUUUGAGCAAUAAUAAAUCUGGGAAUUUUAAGCACACAGGGACAGAUUUGUAAUCACAGAUGAUGGUGUGAGUGUGCCUUAAGAGCUGCUGUGUCUCUUUAUUUGAGGUACCUGUAGGGCUUCACUUGCUCCCUGCUUUCAAAGCUGGUCACCCAGAUUUGGCAGUAUUUUUAGCACGUGAAAUCCACUAGAUUUGCCCUUCAAGUGAGCUGUCACAUGUUAAACUGUGCUUUCUAAGUAACAGCAGGUGACAUCCCAUUUUGUUCCCAUUGGCUAUUUUAUUUUAACAUUGUAGAAAGAGAUUUAAGCCUGUUGAAACCUGUUAGCCUUAAAUUAUUUCAAGUGCUCAGAAUAUCAGAAAAAGACCAUUUGCUGGGCUGUUUACAAAUACUAAACAAGCCUGCAUCUGAAUAUAAAUGAUAUUCAAUUUAAAUGAUAGAUAUUCCUUAUAUAAUAAAAUUUUUCCUUAGAUAUUUUACUGCACAACAACUCAAUCCUAACUCUUUAAUAUCCCUGUCAUAUUUGUUCAGUUUGAACUAUUUGUGCUUAUAAUUCAGGUAAAAUGUAGCCAGUGUCAUUUCACAACAGUGUUGUUUGUCUUAUUUUAUUUUAAACUCAAUAUAUUUUGUCAAACUCAGGGUUUUUUCUGUGAUUAAAAGCAGAAGGCAAAUUAUAUAACAAAAAAAACCUAAUGUAAAAUAUGUUUGUGAAUUACAUUCUCACUUGUUGUAUAUUUUUAGUUCAGAGUGUUCUUGGUUCUUGAAUGGAAAUAAAUGUUUCCUAUGGUGUA